AUGGUGGCACUCGAUUCACCUCUCUCAACACCUCUUCACCACCACUCUAGAUCCAAAUCUAGAUGUAUCAAACAAAAGAAAACUAAUUACUACUGGACUGAAUUAUCAGCAAAAUCACUUAGCCUCCAAGCCACCAACUCAUCACUCAUCAAAACCCUAUUCAUGCCUCCCCACCACUCCUCUGUUGACCCCAAGCAAAUCCUCACCGGAAAUUUUGCACCCGUCGACGAGAUACCCCCAACCGAAUGCCCAGUGGUGGAUGGAGAGCUCCCACCCUCCCUUAAUGGCGUUUACAUCCGCAAUGGUCCCAACCCUCAGCACCAACCUCAUGGGCCUUACCACCAGUUUGAAGGAGAUGGCAUGCUUCACUCUCUCCGUAUAUCCCAUGGUUGUGCAACCUUCUGCAGCCGCUACGUGAAGACAUAUAAAUACAGCCUUGAGCAAAAACUUGGGUCUCCAGCUUUCCCUAAUUUCCUUUCAGGCUUCUACAGUUUCGCUGACAUCGCUCGUUGUGCCGCCUUCAUUGGAAGGAUAGUUACAGGAGAGAUUAAACCCAGAAAAGGUUUUGGCUCAGCUAAUACAAGCCUAACUUUCUUUGCCAAUAAGAUCUUCGCCCUCUGUGAAUCAGACCUCCCUUAUGUCAUCCAUUUGACGCCUGAAGGUGAUGUUCAGACCAUAGGCCGCUUUGAGUUCGAAAAGAAACUAUUCAUGAACAUGACUGCUCACCCAAAGGUGGAUGCUUCCACAGGAGAGAUGUUCGCAUUCCGCUGCAGCCUAGUAGUACCUCCUUUUCUAACGUUAUUCCACUUCGAUGUAAAUGGAACCAAGGUAUCAAACCUACCCAUCUUCUCUGUGCAGCGCCCCACAUUCAUUCAUGAUUUCGCCAUAACCAAGAGGUACACAGUAUUUGCAGAAACACAGCUAGUCAUGAAGCCAAUUAAACUGGUGAUGGCUAGGGGAACGCCACUGGACUUUGAUCCAGACAAGGUGCCACGGAUUGGUGUCAUUCCACGGUAUGCAACGAGUGAGUCAGAAAUCAGGUGGUUUUCAGUUCCAGGAUUCAAUGCCAUGCACAUCAUCAACGCUUGGGGAGAAGAUCACGAUGAAAAUGUCAUCAACCUUCUUGCAACCAAUGGCCUCUCCAUAGAGCACUUCUUCCAUGAAUUAGAGACCGUUCAUUUCUCAGUGGAAAAGGUGAGAAUUGACAUGAGAGAUGGUUCAGUUUCUAGAGCUACAUUGUCUCCAACAAGUCUAGAGUUUGGUAGAAUCAAUCUUACUUACGUAGGGAGAAAGAGUAGGUAUGCCUACUUCGGCGUGGCUGAUCAAGUCCCAAAGAUGUCAGGUGUUGUGAAGCUUGAUUUGGAACUGGGGCGUGAGGUUUCCAGCAGGUUCUAUGAGCCUGGUUGCUUUGGGGGAGAGCCCUUCUUCGUGGCAAGAGAUGUCAGUGUUCCUGAUGAUCAGUUGGACGAGGAUGACGGUUAUCUUGUAUCAUACGUCCAUGAUGAAUCCACCGGCGAGUCCAAAUUCAUGGUGAUGGAUGCCAAAUCCCCAAAUCUGGAUGUGGUUGCAGCUGUGAAGCUUCCCCAAAGGGUACCCUACGGAUUUCAUGGGCACUUUGUGAGGGAGAAGGACCUCACUGAGAAUUGA